GGUUAAUUAAGUGGGGGAUUUCGAAGUGAUACGUUUCACUGAUACACGCAUUGUGGUGCUUGUUAUCGCGUGGGCAUUGUGAGAUGGAUAGAGACUCACUUCUUAUGGCAGUUUCUUCUCUCCUAGAUCCAACUAUUGAUAACGAUCAGCGAAGUAAAUGCUUCAUGGUAGCUGAGAAUUACAAAAAUGAGCAAUUCCAGUAUGCUGAUGUUGACUUUCUGUGUAAUCCGAACCAGCCUUCUGCUAUCAUACUUUUUGGACUUCAGUGUUUAGAUCAUUACUUAAAAAAUCAUUGGGGUCAGAUGGGGUUUCAUGCGAAAUCCAGCCUGAAACAAAAUCUUUUUAAACUUUCAAGAGAAAUAAAUAAUUUUCGGUUUUCUAGAGAAGAAAUGCGCGCUUUCACUCUAAUGUUGAGUCAAAUUAUCGUUUUCCUCAUCAAGUGUGAAUGGCCUCAGCAAUGGCCUACUAUGUUACCUGAAUUCCUGUCCCUUGGAAAAUUAGGGAUUCCCCAAACUAAAUUAGUGCUGAAUUCAUUCUUAAGAUUGUACGAAGAUGUUAUACAAUUCCAAGAUGCUCCACCCUCUCGACGGCGUGAUAUUUUAACAGGUCUGAAUGACAACUUGACCGAGAUAUUUGUUUUUGCACUUGAUAGUAUUGUCAACAGACUCCCGAAUGCCGAUUCAUUCAUCGACUGCGACUCACUUGACAUCUGUCGUGAGUCAUUAUGUACAUUGGGAGGGUUCCUAGAGUCAUGUCGUCUAAAUGUUUUGACUUCUUGGACCCCUUCAGAAAUCGCCAUCAAAAACCUCAACCUUAGUCGCACCUUGCCAUUUCUGAGUUUAAUUACUACGCUCGUUGGGAUUAGAAGUUUACAAACCGAUGCUCUAAGUUUGAUAAAUAUCUUGCUAUCCAGACGAAUACAACCGGGAUCCGAAAUUCCAGAUUCAUAUGGCCCAACUAUAGCUGACAGUUUUCUGAAAGAGCCUUUGGGAUCUUCAUCUCCAUGCAAUAAUCUCAUAAAAGUUUUAUGUUCUACAUUAUCCGAAAAUCCCGAGUAUUCUGAUGAACGUUACAACUUCUUAAGGCUAUUUGGUGAUAUUGUAGUCCAUAUUGGUUGUCAUAUGAUUAUCCAUUGGAAGGAGUAUUCAUAUGAAUCCGCUCUCUGCAAUUGCUUGGACAAUGGUGUAUGUGAAUGUCCUAACCUACCAUCACAUCUCUUCCAGGCAAUUUUACGUUUGACUGCCUACCCAAUCCAAGUGAUAUCAGCGUGCACUAACAAAUUUUGGAUCACCGUUCUUCGUUCAGACGAAAAAUCUUUACUAAAGUUAACUGAAAGGUUUGCGGAUGAUUUAUUUAGCAUUUGGCGGAAGAAUUCAUUAAAAGUUGGUCAACCAUCUGGUACUGGUAUUCAAAGUGAGUGGAACCGAAGGAUUUUCGAAACCGACGAUCAUACUAGUUUUUUCUCCCGAUACCGAAGUGAUUUAGUGAAGUGUUUGUCAGCUGGAGCGUCUUGCUGGCCACAAAAAGUUUUACUUUUGUGUAUAUCAUGGAUUGAAACACUAAUCCAAGCAUCUCCUUCCUGUCAAGAUUAUGAUCCAAUUACUAAAUUCCUGUUAGCGACUUCACCACUUAUACUCGAAUGGGAAGCUUUAGAUUCGUUUCUAGAACCAUGUCUAUCAGCUGUUGAACAAUCAUUGGAGGCUCUUCAUAUUGAUAUGGAUGUUAGUUCAAAAGUAAAAAAUUUGAUUCAUGGGAUUUUACAAUCUUCAAAUAGUAUGGAUCCACUCCUUCGUGCUAAGCAUCUAGCUUGUUUAUCAAUGCUAUUACAACAUGUUGAUUCAAAUAAUGAUUCAGAACUUCUGGUACCCUUUUUAAAUAAGAUUUUUGAAUCUUUAAACUCUUGUCCUGUUGUGGAUGAAUCUCCAUCUUUAAUCGAUACACUUGAUUUUGUAAAUAGACCACGGCAAGUUAAAACUAUGCACUUAGCAUCUGCAACAUCAUUUCUUCGUUUCACUCGUGCUCGUCCUAUAAGAAUGAUGCCUUAUUUUGAUAAAAUAUUAAAUGAAAUAAAUAAACUUUGGAUGGAGAAAAUUUGUGGAAGUAUGGAGAAAGGUAUUCUUUUAGAAGCUUUAGUGAUACUUGGCUUUCGUGUUCCUCAGCCAAUCAAUGUACAGUUCAAUUUUCUUCAAAGUUUACUUGCCAAUGUUUAUGGUCCAUGGUGUGGUCAAGAUCCUUACAACGUGACACCACUUUCAGAACUAUUGCGCUCAUGUGAAUCUGGGGCACCUGGUUUAGUCGCAGUUUUAGGCCUUGAUAAACCUUCUGACCAAUUGGGGAACUUUGAAUCUCCAUAUGUUCAAACCCGGAUAAAUUUGAACCACAAUGUUCGUUCGUUAUUGGCUGUUUGUAGACGCCUCGCAGAACCGUGCAAUAAUCAGCAGCUUGAAAAUAUUUCACUACCCAUCUUGGAACCCGUUUUAUCACCAGUUCUACAUGUUCUUCGAGCAUUUAACGAACUUUGGUUACCGGAAACACUUAAACUAGUUCAUCCAACUUUACUUCCUGUAUUACAACAUACAGAUGAAAUUCAACUAUGUUUACUGAAUUCUCAAUUUCAAAAUAUACUCAAAUCUGUAGAUGUUACGAAUCCUUCGUUACACCGAUUGCGCACUUUUCUCAAUGACUGUCAUGAGAACUUGAUGGGGAUAGUUGGCUUUUUAUUUGUUUCGUUGGGGUCGAAAUUCUAUCGUUUACCAACCGAACAGUUAAGAAUUGCAUUGCACGAUGGUUGCUGUGCUGCAUUUGAACAUUUGCCUGACCUCAAGCUAAAUAGUCUUCUACGAUCUAUUCUUCGUCCAUUUAUCCGUCAGUGUCCUAGACAGUAUUUUGAAACUGCCAUCGCUCCCUUGGUCCCACCAGUAAUUGAAGCUGCUAUUAAGAGAACUGAAGCAAGAUGGAAUGAAUUAAUCAUGGCUGAAGGACGUAUCUGUGAUGACGAAAAAGCAGUUGCAGCUGAACUUGUACUAGACAGAUCAACUCGUCUGUUAAGUCGAACGUGUUUGGAUAUAUUGCGCUUGAUUUACACUUUCAAUGGCUAUGAAAUAUCUGAACAAUUUAAUCCUCCCAAGGAAGAUGAUGGAGAGUGCGAUGAUGAUAAUGAUGAUGUAGACAUGUCAGAAAGUAUAUGUGCAAAUGGUCAGUCGGGUACAAAUAGUUCACUUGGACAUUUAACAAAAUUAUUGGCAAAUAUGCACGCUAUGUCAUCGGAACCAGACUAUAAUGCCCAGAAUCUUCCUUCAGAUCCUUUGUUCUUACGUUCAUUGACGAAAAUUUUAGCUUGGCCUGAUACUUCAAUUUGCUCGAAAGCUGCUCAAUGGAUAUCAAUUCUGGUUGAGAUGCUGACCAAUACCGUCACCCAGACUAAUUGUGGUCCAAAAAUUGCUACCACACAUUUAUCUCCUAAUAUUGCAGAAUUUAUUUUAUUCGGAAUCUUAUGUGGUCUACAUGUAAAUGGUAAAAAUGCUGAAAAUGCUUUAAACUGUUUAUUAUAUGCUGGAAUUAAAACUUAUCUAUCUGUGGAUAUUAUUGUGGCCAGACAAAAUUUACGAUCUGUUAUAAUUCGCGUUUUAAUGGAUACAUUAAAUGGUGAUAAAACUAAAGAAGGCCAAAUACAACAACAAAUUCAAAUUUUUGAGGAAAAAAUGUUUGGUAACCGAGACAAACCGGCAACAAUGCGGGCGAGACGUGAUGCUUUUAAAAAAAUCGUCGACCCUAUUAUUGGAGUUCCUCUCAGCCAACGUUUUCGUAAUGAAUUUCAAAUACACAGUAUACCUCCUCUGCACCGACCCAAGUGGAUUCGUAUACGUGAGAAAAGGGAUACAUCUCAUAUUGAAAAUGAUUUCGGUCUUACAAACUUAUUUACUAAUGCAACUAACUAAAUUGGAGAAAUUAUGAUUGUGUACAUUUCUUAUUAAUGAAGUUUUUGUUUCCAUUUCUUUUACACCUCUAACAUCAAUAAUUGCUUUUGUUAUAACUGAAAUUUUAUACCAAAGUUGACAAGACAGUCAGUAGUUG